CGCCUUUCACCGAUACACUGAUAAUAGGAAACGACCCCUGGUACCGUCAUGCGAGACCGAUGACAGAACUAUGGCUCCAGUCGAGCUCAAGGACGUCUCUAGCAAUUGGAAGAAACUUCAAAAGACUCUUCAAUCCUCCAACCCCAUAUCCUCGAAACUCCAACCCUUAAAAGCUGAGGGACAAGAGAGGAACAGCCCCCUGAAGCGCAAAAGAGCUGGCAAAUUCAAUGGAGGGCAUAAGCCGCCGUUGCCAUUAGCAUCCUUAAACGGUUUAGGAAAACCCCUCCCACACAAACAUCUCCCAUCCCGCAAACGCCAAAAGAUGGAGGAACCGCACUCUAUCGGAUCCGCUACUAAACAUGCGGGCCCUAAGGCACUCCGUCCUAGCAUCUCGAUGCCGUCUCUCCGCCAGCCUACACCCCUGCCUACACCCCUGACCGAUCCCAAAUCCGCCACCACCUCUAUAUCCAUCCUAGCACCCUCCCCUCACAACCCUGACAUCGAGAACGAGGGCGUGUCGCACACUGCCUUACCCGGCAAAUACAUAGCUCUGGACUGUGAAAUGGUCGGCACUGGUCCAGAACCGGACCGCGACUCGGCCCUCGCUCGAGUCAGCGUCGUAAACUAUCAUGGCCACCAAGUCUACGAUUCCUACGUCCAGGUUAAAGUCCCCGUAACCGAUUACCGCACCUUCGUAUCUGGGAUCGAGCCCAAGCACCUGCGACACAACGUUGCGCGACCCUUCAAAGAGGUUCAGGAUGAUAUCAAGAUCCUGCUCCAGGGCCGCAUCCUUGUUGGUCAUGCCGUGAAAAACGAUCUGGCCGCUCUCAUCCUCAGUCACCCGAAACCCCAUAUUAGAGAUACCUCUAAGUUCAGCAAGUUCAGGGAGGUAGCGGCGAUACCAGGACGGACACCGGGCUUAAAAUAUUUGGUAGAGAAGUUGUUGGGCGUCGAAAUUCAGGUUGGACAUCAUAGUUCGGUGGAAGACGCGAGGGCAACUAUGGCGUUAUACCGGCUGGAGAAAGAUGAGUUUGAAGAUGAGAUCAGGAAGAGGUACGGCCAUAUCAAGCUGGGCGAUCCAGAAAAGGAGAUUGAGGUCAUGGAUAGACAACCGAUAAAGCGAAAGAAUAAGAAUAAGAAGAAAAAGAAGAAAAAGAAAUCUUAAUGUCAAAGACCCCUAGCGUGUGGGGUUGCACGGGAGGGUUGGUACGAUGAUGGAGUCUAC